UCUCUCUCUCUCACUGUCCACUCUGCCUGUCAAAAAAUAAUAAUAAUAAUUAGCAGGCUAGAUUUUCUCUCACAGGCCUUAGUAGCCAACCUCUGAUCUAAAACUCAAUGCCUUUCUUCAAUUCCUAAGAUUUCAGCCAUUAUCUCUUCAAAAAGGAUAACCAUUUCCUCCAUCCUAUUUUGUCUAGAGUUCCUAUUAGAUAAAAGUCUCAGUCUUUCCCCCAUGAUUUUUAUUGAUCUGUUGACAUGCAAAAGUUUUUUCUAUUUAUUUGAGAGGCAGAGAAACAGACAGAGCUUACAUCUGCUGCUUCACUCCCCAGAUGCCCACAAUGGUUAUGACUGGGAUGGGACCAAAAUCAAGAGCUAGGAACUCAGUGCAGGUCUUCCACAUAUGUUGUGGGAACCCAGUUACUGCAGCCUUCACCUCUGCCUCCCAGGGUCUGCACUGAUGGGAAGGUGGAGCCAGGAACUCGAUUUUGGUAUUUUGUGUGGUAGAUAAAAUUUGAGAAGGUGCUGCUGAUUGUUUGGUUAGUUUUCUCUUUAUACCUGCCUUCAUUCACUCUCUUGGAUACUGUGCAUAUCUCUACUCCUCUUUCAGGCCUCCAGCUUAGAACCAGGUCUGUACUGACAGCUGAGUGAUCCAGGCUCACAAUAUUAGAAAUUACCAUAUUCAUUACUAAAUUGAGUGACAUCUUGGCCUAGGCCUUGGCUCAGGCUGUUUGAUAUAGGCUUUCCUAACCCCGACACCUGUACGUUUUAGAUGUUUAGCAGCAUCUCUGGUCUCUAACAAAUAUGUCAGUUAUCACUACCCUAGUCCACCCCCAUUGUGACAACUCUCAGCAUUUGCAGAUAUAAAAUGAAAAUCAUAAUACGGUGGUAUGGGAGGGGGAAAGAUCUCUCCCAGUCCACCCCCUACAGACACACCUGAGAACCACUGGUCUACCCCUGUGUAACCUAGGACCAGUUCAUUUCAGUCUCCUUUCAUGGCACUCAGGAGGGAAAUUAUACGUCUCCCCCUGCCCUAUGUUGCAGAGAGUGACCCAGGCUCUGGUUUCCAAGUUAACCUGUAGGAGCUGAACUAACCACUUUUCCAUACUCUGAACCCAUGGUUGUCUCUGCCAUCAUCCAGUCCCACUCAUUGCCUUUUGUUUCUGUUCUCUUUGUGGUAUAAAAGGAUUUUCUUAGUGUAACUAUCUUUAAAUUCUUCUCAUUUUACAUUCAAUCUAUCACCAAUGUGUAGUGGAGUCCUUGAGAAGGCCAAAAACCUUCACUGACCAACCAGGAAUUGAUUCUUCUUCUUUAUCUAUUUUCCCUCACUUCCCUUUGGUUUCCUAUCUGUCCUCUCUCUUUCCUCCCUUCAUUGUUGAUCAGUCCUUUUGCAUAAAUCAACAAAGUAGGACAAAUGUUCCUGCACUGGGAUUAAUGAGAUACUGGAAAAAUUAAUCCAGUUCCUUCCAGGUCUCCAUCACCACACUUCACCCCAGCCCAGCCUAUUAAAACACUGGCUCUCAAAGAGUGCUCUUUAAACCAGCAAUAUAAACACCACCUGGGAACUUUAUUAGAUUUUUCUUGGGUACUCCCCCAUACCUCUUGAAUAAAUAAAGUAUGGGGUUGGGGCUAGUCACCUAUCUAUUUUUUUUUUCAGUCACCUGUCUAUUAACAAGCUCUCCAAAUGAUUCUGAUCCAUGCUAAAGUUUGUGAUCUCCUAUAUUAAAACUGAUCUAAAGAUAAGUUCCACAACUGGAACUACCUUUUGGAUUUUAAAACACAUAACUGUUUAAACCGCACCCCCAGAGAGAUUCUGAUUAAGCUGGUUUGGUGACUCAAGUACUGGUGGUUUCUUUUUUUGGUGGGGGGGAAGGUUUACUCUGCAAAUGAUGCAAACAUCCAGAGUUUGCUUUAGUUAUUCAUUUACUGUUCAGUCCAUUUUGAUCAUCACUCAUGCCAGUGUUUCUGGAAUUCUAAGUAGAAAUUGGUUAACUUUUAGUGAAGAAAAUGAGCUGUUCUGGAGCUAGAUUUCCUGGAUGUGAAUCUCUGUUCUGCUCAUUAUCAGUAUGUGACUUUGAACAAUUUAUGUUCCCUGUGCCUCUACUUCCCCUUGAGUAUAAAGGGAUCAAUCACAAUCCCUACCUAGUAAGGCUAUUAAAAGAAUCGUAUGUGUUUAUAUGUGACUGUCUUCAGAAUAAUACCUGUCAAACAGCAAGAGUUAUACAAAAUUAUUCUAAAAUACUUGUUUAAUCAAUAAAACCUGCAAAACAUACCCAAGUCAAAAUCAUUGUUUUGGGAAGGAGACUAUUAAAAAUGUAUUUGAAAAAUGUUUCCUUUUCUUUUGCAUAUUGGGACUUUUUGCUUUAUAAAAUCCAUUCCCUUCCCCCCUCAAUGAUAUUUGUUCUUUAAAACAUUUUAAAAUUGAAUUUUUCUUUAUAAAAAUUCUCAGAAUUUUACUAUGUGCCCUUUUUAAAAGGCUGCAGCUGUAAAACCAGAGCUUAGAACCACUAUUUUGUACUAAAAUUUGAACUACAAAAUUGAUAAGCCAACAAUAAACCCAACAUUUAUGGAACUCAUGGCAGAGAUGAAAAGAAGUGGAGUUGAAAGAAACAAUUGCUGAGUUUGAUUUAUGACAUUUAGAUGAAAGAAUUUGAGCAGAAUCUGGUAAGAAAAAAACACUUUGAUAGACAUUUGGAAGGCUUAAUUUAACAUGAAUACAUUUUGAUUUGUCAAUGUAUGGACAUAGUCUAAAAGAGUACUAGUAGUUUUAUUCACCACAACUUUGAAAGAAAAGCAGUUGAGUUUAUCACAAGAAGACAUUCAUCCAAGAGAAACUAAUUUUAUCACUCAUACCCACAACUGCAUGAGACUGCAUUUCAGGACUGGGUGGAGGUUUUUUUUCUUUUUUUAAUAGCAGAACAUAGCUAGCCAACACAAUAGCGAUGACAUAUGAGUAUACACUGUUCAAAUUAGCCACCUGGGGGUGGGCGAGGGGGAGGUAGGGAGUUUCCAAACUGUUAAUUAUCAAGCAAACAAAGAAAAGACUGUAAGGGUGGAAUUGUUGUAACUUCUGAUUUCUAAGCAAAGUCCACCUGUAGCCAGUGAGCAUGCCUAGUGCAGGUGGUUUCGAUUCUCAGAUGUGAAAGUUAGCUAACCCGAGAGCUGGAUAACUGUGCAAAAAGAGAAGGGAGCGGUUCUCAGAAAGCCGCAGAACAACCGUGUUUGAUGGCUAAUUAGGCAUGGAAAACCAUACUCAGUAUAUCAUACGUCCUGCCUCUUCUACAUCCCCAUUUCUCACUAGCCUACCCUUCCACAUGGAUGGGAAAGCAGAUGUGAGAUCCCUCAUGGCGAAAUUCAACACCGGGGACACCGUGACCGAAGAGGUCUCGGUUACCAGUCGACCCUUCCGAGUCCCGGGCCAGAACUCGCCUUCCGGGAUCCAGGCAAAGAAGAACUUAUUCAACAGCCCGGGAAAUGGCAGCCCCCCGCCAGGACACGGCAGCCUUCCUAAAUUUGGGUCCCCAAAGCCACCUUUGGGGGCGAAACCUUCUGAGGAAAAGAUGAGCAAGGACCCCAAACCCCCAUUUUUAAAGCCAACUGGAGUGGGCCAAAGAUUCGGGACUCCAGCGAACGUGGCCUCCAGAGACCCUGAGCUGAAGGCUGGAUUUCCGAAACCUGUAGGCCCCAAGCCCAUCAGCGGGCCCAAGGAAGGGCCCAAGGAAGAGCCCAAGGCCACGUUUCCCCGUCCUCCGGGGAGUAAGCCGUCCCUGCACACCCUAAACCAAGACCGUGACUUGAAGCCCGGGCCUCCUCCUCCCCCUGCUCCAGCCCCAGAAAAUGAACAGAAGCAAGUGUUCCCGAAGCUGGCUGGGGUCAAAGGCAAGUUUAUGGCAGCCUCCCAGGACCAAGACCCCAAGCCCCCCUUCCCCAAACCCACCUUCGGCCAGAAGCCGGCCCCAAGCGCCGAGGACGUGCGUGAAGACGAGAGUCCCAGUCGGAGUGUGUCCUCCCAGAAGGGACCGCCGGCUCCCCCAGGAGCCAAAUCCAAAAGCAUCCCAUUCAAACCUUCAAGGGAGGACCCUGAGAGCAAAGACCAUGGGAGUGACACAUCCAGCUCCCCUUUCCCUGGUGUGGUUCUGAAACCUGCGGCCAGCAGAGGCGGCCCGGGCCUCUCCAAAGCUGGCGAGGACAAAAAGGAGGAUCGGAAGAUAGAUGCUGCUAAGAACGUCUUCCUGGGCAAAGCGAGUCAGGAGGAGUCGGCCCCGGGGGCUCCUCCUGCCAAGUUCCCCAAGGCACCUUCCAAGCUGCCGGUGGGGGGACCAUGGGCCCAAAGUCAAGAGAAGGAAAAGGGAGAGAAGAACGCAGCUGCCCCAAAGCGGAAGCCACUGCCGCCACUAUUUACCUUGGGUCCACCUCCACCAAAACCCAACCGACCACCAAACGUUGACCUGACGAAGUUCCGAAAAGCUGCUUCUAGAAACAAUGCCAACAAAGGCCAGAUGCCUUAUUCAACAACGUCCCUGCCACCACCUCCACCAUCCCAUCCAACAAGCCAACCACCUUUGCCAGCAUCUCACCCAACACAGCCGCCAGUCCCAAGCCUACCUCCCAGAAACAUUAAGCCUCCAUUGGACCUAAAAGGUUUUGUGAAUGAAGAGAAUCAAGAUGGUGCCAUGAACACUGAUGGUCCUGGAAACAUAGAAGAGGAACAAGAGAGUGAUGGAGAAACAUAUGAAGACAUAGAAGCAACCAAAGAACGAGAGAAGAAGAGGGAAAAGGAAGAAAAGAAGAGACUAGAGCUGGAGAAAAAGGAGCAAAAAGAGAAAGAAAAGAAAGAGCAGGAGAUAAAGAAGAAAUUUAAACUGACAGGCCCUAUUCAAGUCAUCCACCAGGCAAAGGCCUGCUGUGAUGUCAAAGGAGGGAAGAAUGAACUGAGCUUCAAGCAAGGAGACCAAAUUGAAAUAAUCCGCCUCACCGACAACCCUGAAGGAAAAUGGUUGGGCCGAACCUCCAAGGGCUCGUAUGGCUAUAUUAAAACAACCGCUGUAGAGAUUGACUACGAUUCUUUGAAACGCAAAAAAUCCUCUCUUGGUGCUGCUCUUUCAUCAAGACCUAUUGAAGAAGACCAAGAAGUCUAUGAUGAUGUUGCAGAGCAAGAUGACGUUAGCAGCCACAGUCACAGUGGAAGUGGAGGGAUGUUCCCACCACCUCCAGAUGACGACAUUUAUGAUGGGAUAGAAGAGGAAGAUGCUGGCGAGGGCUCUAUGCUACAGGUUGAAGAGAAGAGUAACAUGUGGCCCUGGGGCAUUUUGAAGAUGUUAAAGGGAAAAGAUGACAAAAAGAAAAGUAUGCGAGAGAAACCUAAAGUCCCUGAGUCAGAAAAUAAUGAAGGUUCAUCUUUCCCUUCUCCUCCUCAACAAUUGGAAAUCGGAGAUGAAGUUUAUGAUGACGUGGAUGCUUCAGAUUUCCCAGCGCCAUCAGCAGAGAUGAGUCAAGGAAUGAAUAUUGGAAAGACCAAGACAGAAGAAAAAGACCCUAAGAAGUUAAAAAAGCAGGAAAAGGAAGAAAAAGACUUCAGGAAAAAAUUUAAAUAUGAUGGUGAAAUUAGAGUCUUGUAUUCAACCAAGGUUGUACCUUCCUUAACUUCUAAGAAGUGGGGGACCAGAGACCUACAGAUAAAACCUGGUGAAUCUCUUGAAGUUCUGCAAAACACAGAUGACACAAAAGUUCUCUGCAGGAAUGAAGAAGGAAAAUAUGGUUAUGUGCUUCGGAGUUACCUGGUUGACAACGAUGGAGAGAUCUAUGACGAUAUUGCUGAUGGUUGUAUCUAUGAUAAUGACUAGACUCAGCUUUGGUCUUUCUGCUGUGUUGCCAAGAUGAAGGCGGAGUCUCCACUGGAAACCGUUACUGGGUAUCAUAGAAAAUGAAUGCACAAAACUACUUGUUACCAUUUGUUGUGAAUUUCUGAUUAUCCUUAGAAAGUUUUGAAAUUUUGAACUUAGAAAAUGGUCUUUCUGCUUAAUAUCUCAGAAGACUGCAUCAGUGACAUGUAAGAAUUAGAAAAUAACCCAUUUCUGCUUUGGCCACGAUUAUGAAGAUAUUACUUUUAGGCUGUCAAUGGAAGAUGUCCUCUCCUCUUCAAAAAAGAGUGAAAAAAUGAGAUCACUCCAGAAAAAAUCAUGACUAUACUGUCCAAAAAACAAGCCUAAAGAAGAAAAAUAAAGAAUCUGGGGAAGGAAAUUGUAAAACAUUCCACAAGAAGAAAACUAUUGUUUGUAUCUCUAAAUAUGAAAGCAUAUUAUGUUUUCUGUUCAAAUGAUCUAUCUUGUUAAAAGGCAGAGCUGUUAAAUAUUUUUUGAAAAUUAUUGUAAUAGUGAAACUUUUGUAUAAAGUUGGUUUCUAUUUGGCAAUUGUGAAUAUGUGGUAACCUCUGAGAAUGUUACACAUUCAGUGUGCACAUCCAACAUUAAACUACAGAAGUUUCAAAUAA